UGACGGCUCUAAAACAGCUGAGGCGCGAUGGACUAAUUUUACGCUGUUAAAAGAAAAUCUUUCAGAAGCUGCAGAUGCUGCUGAGCUCUGGAAAGAAGUGCAGCAGCUGGAGGCUGAACUGAGGAGCUGGAGGGAAGCAGGAGAACCAGGAGAGGAGGAGACACUGAAAGAUGGCGCAGGUUCUACAGCAGCCAUCAGAGGAGAGAACAUCUGGAGAGCAGAUGUGGAGCAGCAGGAGGAGGAGCCUGAUAGCGGGACGCUAACAGCUGCUGCCGCCAUCAAUGUUAAAGAAGAGGCUCCUGAUGCCGACCAGCAGGAGCUCCACCGCAUCAAGGAGGAACAGCUGAGUGUGAAGGAGGAGGAGGAGACGCAUGAUAGCAGCUUUCCUUCUGUUCCCGUGAAAACUGAGGAGGAGGAAGAGAAACCUCUGUUCUUUCAGCUUCAUCCGCACAAAACUGAAGACGCAGAUUUUCCAAUCAGAGCUUCGGCCGAACAUAUAAAGGUAGAAAUGAAAGAGGAGGACUCUGGAACAGCGGAGACCAGCAGGAAGACGGAUCUAAAGAGUCACGGAGGCUCUGGAGAGCGUGGAGAAGAUUCUGAAACCGAGGAUAGCGAGGAGGAUCGGGAAGAGAGCAGAGUUCCUGAGGCAGACACAAACACUGUCAGCAAAUCUGGGAAACAAGAUGCUAACAGAUCUAUUCUGAGUCGUUCUACGCCGAGAUCCAUGACUUCAGGACGUUCCAUCGAUGAGAAAUGGUUCACAGAGAGGAAAGAAGAAGAAUCACUAAAGAAAAAUACUAAACAGCUAAACUGUAGUGAUGCUAACAUGAACACGGGGGAGAAGUUAUUCGAUUGUACUGUUUGUGAAAUUAGAUUCACUAGAAAACAUUCUUUAGACAUGCACAUGAGAAACCACACAGGAGAGAAACCCUUCGAAUGCGAUACUUGUGGAAAAAAGUUUAUCACCAAUUCAAUUUUAAAAAGACACAUGAAAGUCCAUACUGGAGAGAAACCUUUCAGUUGCGACACUUGUGGUAAAAGUUGUUACUCAAAGUCUGAAUUAAACAGACACCAGAAAGUCCACACAGGAGAGAAACCCUUUAUUUGUGAUAAUUGUGGGAAAGGAUUCAUCACCAAGUCCAAUUUAAACAGCCACAGAAAAAUCCACACUGAAGAGAAACCCUUUGUCUGUGAUUGUUGUGGUAGAGGAUGUUCCUCAAAGUCUGAAUUAAAAAGACACAAAAGAAUCCACUCAAAAGAAAAAGCUUACGGUUGUGAUACAUGUGGGAAAAGAUUUAACUCCAAAGGAAAUUUAAAUAUUCAUAAACAAAUUCACAGUGGAGUAAAACCCUUUGACUGUGAUGUUUGUGGAAAAGGAUUUAUCACACAGUGUGCUUUAAUCAGACACAUGAGAACCCAUACAGGAGAGAAACCCUUUGUUUGUGAUGCCUGUGGAAAGGGAUUUACCACCACGUCAAACUUAAACACUCACAAACUAAGUCAUAAUGGAGGAAAUGUUUUUGUUUGUGAUGCUUGUGGAAAAGCAUUUAGCUCCAGUGCAUAUUUAAAAAUGCACAAAAGAAUUCACAGUGAAGAAAAACCAUUUGUUUGUGAUGCUUGCGGAAAAGGAUUUACCUUCGAUUCAUAUUUAAAGACACACAAAAUAAUUCACCACGGAGAAAACCCGCUUCGUUGUGAUAUUUGUGGGAAAAGAUGCGCAUCAACGUCAUAUUUUAACAGACACAUGGAAAUUCAUUAUUCUGCUGAGAAACUUGGAGGAAAAAAAGUUACCCUUAGUUGACAUAUUAGCAACACGUUAAAAUCCACAGAGAAGAAGAACUUCUGGCCGGUUUGUAAAGUAUUUCCACCCUGAGGCUGUAGAGCAGCGGCUUCAGACCCAGAGCCUUGGUGUCCUGAAACGUUCACGCUUCCUGCAGAGCUUCAGGCGGCCAGGAUGAGAUAAACAGCUUCACCCGGUCUGACUGCCCCCACACCGGCCCCCUCCCUGCCCUCACCUCUUCACUGAGGGGGGGCGAUCUCCACCCUGUGUAAGACCUCCUGUGUGGCACCGGUUCCCCAAAAUUACUAUUUAUUAUUAAUAUCUUUUAUGUUCCAGAUUCUCCUGUUCUUCCCUCCAUCUCCAACCUUCUAACUAUUUAUUCCUAAUUAACUUCUUUGAGGCCCAAAAACUUUUCCUUGAUCCUGAUUUUCUCUGCCUUCUGAUUGGCUCUGAUCGGCUCUGAUUGGCUCUGAUUGGCUCUGAUUGGCUCUGAUUGGCUCUGAUUGGCUCUGAUCGGCUCUGAUUGGCUCUGAUUGGCUCUGAUUGGCUCUGAUCGGCUCUGAUUGGCUCUGAUUGGCUCUGAUCGGCUCUGAUUGGCUCUAAUCGGCUCUGAUUGGCUCUGAUUGGCUCUGAUCGGCUCUGAUUGGCUCUGAUUGGCUCUGAUUGACUCUAAUCGGCUCUGAUCGGCUCUGAUCGGCUCUGAGCCGUUAAUGACGGACGCUAUGAAUAAAAUGAGUCUCUACUGUUAUUUGCGUCUCCUGUUCACCGCCUCAUCCCAGCAAAGGCGCAUCAGCCAUAAGGUUCCGCUUUAAAAACACUCCUUUAAGCGUCGGCUUAGCGCCUACAAUAAAUGCUAUUUUUAUUUAUUUUUCUGUCAACCUUCCUUCAAUAAAACUCUUUCUUCAUCUAAACUGCAUUCUGCUAAUUCCCCUUUAUUCCCUUAAUUCUCUAACCACCUUUCUCCUCCUUUUAACUCCUCUAUCUCUCCUUUCCCAUCUCACCUCCACCAACCUGCAGCGUUUAUUUAUUUUUAAACCAACUCUGGGCUCCUCAGAGCGACCAGCCUCCACCUUCCCAGAUCACUUUCGGAUCCAUAAACACUGACGGCUGUUUCCUAGCAACAGAUUUAGGAAGAGUUUGAUUUAUCAGUUAACUUUGAAGCUGCUGCUGCUCCUGUGAUUGGCUAAAAAACUCACCAUGGAGGCAGGUAGCCAAUCAGCUGGAAGAAUUGCUCUGGAUCUCUUUUCUCUUAUUUGUUCAAGAUGUAAACAAUAAAGAAGCGAUGUUUUAUAGGAUACUGAAGGUAUUUAAUCCAUAAGAUUGUUUUUUAUUGUUAUUUUAUUAAUGAUUUGUUGUUUUAUUGUUGGUCUGCUCUAUGUUUUAUAAAAUAAAGUGAAUAUUGGGUCAUUAGCUAGAGAUCCAUUAAGAUCUUCCAUCGCUUUAAGGUCAAUAUUCAUUAUUUCCCAUCAAUCUGUUGGUUUUAAUGGAGAGAAGGUUUGUCGCCACCUGCUGGUGACAUCCUGCAAAUAAAAACUCAUCUGUUUAAAACUCUUUACUCUUUAAUAAUUUCCCAGCCUUUUUAUUUUUUAUGGUUUUAUUUUGUUUUUUGACUUUGCUUCUGCUUUUGUGUUUUUAUCUUUGGUACGGUGGCCUGGAGGGUCCAGAUAGGUGCCUUUAAAAUAAAAUGUAUUAUUAUUAAAUCUGUAAUGAGAGAAGCUUCAAAUGAGAAACUCUUGAAUUAGUCACGUUUUUAUUUGGAUUUAAUAAAAAAUCUUUUUUAGAAACAAUAGAAAUUAAAAAAAAAUUCAUCCUUCAUUUGCUUAAAAAUCGGAAUGUUUAGUUUUCCUGUUUUUAGACCAAAAGCUGAAGAUGCUGCUGAGUUCUGGAAAGAAGCUUUAAUUCUGAGAUUAAAGUCAAAAAUGUGACUUUGUUCCCAUAUUAAACUGAAAUUAAAUAAAAAAAAUCUGUUAAUUUUUAAAUUUUUCUAGUGACUCUAAUCCUCUUCUGGCGACUGUUCACUGGAAAUUAUGCUUAUUUAU